CAGACCAAGCGACUUAGACCGGAAUUAUGUCACCUCCUUUAACUUGUUGCAGAGCUUUCAUUUAUAAUCCCCCGAAUGUGAAGCUUUCACCUUCAUCUACUUAACUCCAAGGCCACCAAGAGCUUGCUAUCCUACGCAUACAACGCAUAUGCGCAACACUUAAGAGAUUACAUCGAGAGGGUCCGUAGAACUAAGUGAGCAAGCAGUACAAAUGAGAGCAAAGGAAAGAUCGCAAGAGGAGCUUGCUAGCUAGCUAAGAUUUAUAGAUCCACGAUGGUGGCCAAGGCGGAGAUGAGCGCCAUGGAGAUGGAAAAGGCGAUGAGCGACGGGGAGGUGGUGCUCGGCGGCGCCGGGGACGAGGAGGAGGACGUGGUGCUGCCGGGGUACCGGUUCCACCCCACCGACGAGGAGCUCGUCACCUUCUACCUCCGGCGCAAGGUGGCCAGGAAGCCGCUCCGCAUCGAGGUCAUCCGGGAGAUGGACAUCUACAAGCACGACCCAUGGGAUCUCCCCAAGGCGAGCACGGUCGGUGGGGAGAAAGAGUGGUACUUCUUCUGCCUGAGGGGCAGGAAGUACCGUAACAGCAUCCGGCCAAACCGGGUCACCGGCUCCGGCUUCUGGAAGGCCACGGGCAUCGACCGGCCGAUCUACUCCGCCGGCACCGGCGGCGCCGGUUCUGGCGUGUCCAUCGGGCUGAAGAAGUCGCUCGUCUACUAUCGCGGCAGCGCCGGAAAGGGCACCAAGACCGACUGGAUGAUGCACGAAUUCCGCCUCCCGCCGGCCGCCGCGGCGGCCACCAACUCCUCCCCGAGCAUGCAGGAAGCCGAGGUGUGGACCAUCUGCAGGAUCUUCAGGAGGACCAUCACCUACCGGAAGCAGCAGCAGCCGUGGAGGCCGGCGCCGGCGCCGUCCGCCGCCGACUCGAACUCUAACACGGGGAGCUUCGAGUCGUCGGAAGCCGGCGACGAGUACAUGAACUGCCUGCAGGCACCCUCCGCUCCAUGCAUCCCCCAGCAGCAGCAGCACCAGCAGCAGUACGUCAGUCAGGUGGGCACGGUGGACAGCGUCAACUUCUUCUACGAGGACACCGUGCACAACCAGCAGUUCCAGGGGCAAUGGAGCACCGCACCCGCCCCGCCGGUGCCGGAGCAGAAACUACAGAGCCCGUUGUCGACGGCCGUCUCCUUCCACCAGAAUGACCACAGCCACGCCGUCGCCGCGAGCGAUUUCUACAAGGUCGAGGGGUACUUGGAGGAGAUCGCGAGGAUGAUGGAGGUCACCGAUCCGGCAGGGUUUUACGACUACGACUACAGAUCAUACGGUUGAUCGGCCGAGCUUCGCACGUCUUCAGAGUUGUUCAGGGUAGACAAACCGAAUUCGCCGACACGCUAGAAGUGAGGAACUGACAUGCAGGGCCCGCACCACAGAGAGCUGAGGCCUAGUCAGCAGAGCUUCACCGGCAGAGCUUUCUCUCUUUUGAUUUCUCUUCGAUCUGAUCUACUC